AAAAAUAAGAAGAAGAAGAAAGUUGAGAAAGAGAAUGGCAGUGAAGCAUUUGAUUGUAUUGAAGUUCAAAGAUGAAAUCACAGAAGCCCAAAAGGAAGAAUUUUUCAAGACGUAUGUGAAUCUUGUGAAUAUCAUCCCAGCCAUGAAAGAUGUAUACUGGGGUAAAGAUGUGACUCAAAAGAAUAAGGAAGAAGGGUACACUCACAUAGUUGAGGUAACAUUUGAGAGUGUGGAGACUAUUCAGGACUACAUUAUUCAUCCUGCCCAUGUUGGAUUUGGAGAUGUCUAUCGUUCUUUCUGGGAAAAACUUCUCAUUUUUGACUACACACCACGAAAGUAGACUAUAUAUAUAUAUAUAUAUAUAUAUAUAUAGUCUCCCACUGCCCACUGAAUGGACCAAGCUGCAGCCUUCAUCUUCAUUUUCUCGAAUAAUAUUAUAUAUAUCUAAUAAAUAUGUGUAACUCUUUGAUAAAUUUAAUAAUACAAGUACUCCUACUCUUUAUUACUUGUUAUAUAUUUUUUGUUAUUAUAUAAAAAUAUGUUCCAAAAAUAAAUUAUAAGUACUGUUUUAUAGCU